AUGAUUCUCAACGGGGUGCGGUACAUUUUUGCGGCCGACCCGGUCAGCACGGAAUCGCUGGCAAUUAUGUAUUUUGUCACAGGCAUGCUGGCCCUGGCGUGCAACCUGUUCAAUAUCUAUAUCUUCUACAGCCUGCACCGUAAGCAGCGAAAAUAUCAGAUAUUCAUCGCCAUCGAGGUGGCAGAAGUCGUCAACUGUUUUGCCUACAUCACAACUGGCGCCUCACGAUUUAUUAUGCUAAAAAUCGGGAUAAUAUUCGACACGAUUUCGACCGCCGGCUGCUUUUUCACGAGACCUUACGGCGUGUUGCUAAUCGUCGGGACCCAACUGCCGGCGAUAAUCGUAGUUAUUUCAUCGGUGGAACGGCUGAUGGCCGUCUACCGUCCCGCUUCCUAUCAACGAUACUGGGAUGAUCCUUUCAAGAAGCGGCUUCUCCUCGCAGUGGCCGUUGUUCAAAUCACGUCAGUAGUACUCGCCGGAAUGUCGGCAUUUUUUGACCCAUAUAUCAACUCGACCCAGCACUGCCCAGCCGCAGCUACCGUAUCCUCCACCUACGCAGCUGUACAUUUCCUAUUUCAGAUCCUCUCCUACCUGGUCAGCUUUGUGACGCUGGCGGCAGUUUAUUUGACGAGCAAGAAAAUGAUCAUCUCGAAGGGAGGCGUCGGCUAUUUUCGGGUCACCAUGCUCCUAGCAGGUUUCGGCGUCUUUGUGAUGGGCUGCCCGGCAGGAGUGUCGUUAGGAACGACGUGGAAUUUAUUCAAGGCCAGCGACGUCGUCUUCGGAAUUGGAAUCACGGUGCCGGGCCUCAUCUCAGUAGCAACAACAAUCUCCAACGGCAUCUUCCACCGAGAAUACCGGCGAAAGGUGUACAACGUAAUUGGCCGGCGGAUUGGGUGUCAUUUGUCUGCUCGGGACGAGUCUUCGGUUCGUGCCAAGACCACAGCGCCCUUUUUGGUCAGCCAGGCCUUCCACAGUCAUAAUGGGAAAAUGACGCUACCAUCCUCGCAGAUCGGAAUGACC